AUGCACGCUAAAUUGUUGUGUGUCAAUUACGACUUGGAGAGUGCACAGCCCGAAAUCAAGCGUUUUUCUCGCAGUUGGUUAAUUGACGGCCUUUUCGUGGAGCCAAUUGGACACCAUUUCGAUGGAUUUCUUGUGCACGUUUCCUUGAGCAAACUCUGUGUUGCCGUCCAGACGCUCAAACAAAAACUUGCCGUCACCAAAAGUGGUUGCAAGCAAAGAACCUGCGGUGUCGUCGGAUUGGUCGUCCGAAGAGCUGAUCUGCGACAGAUUGAGCACCUGGCGUUUGCAGAUCUGGGUGAUUUCUGUCUCCAGCAAGGUCUUAAUGGUGGUCCAUUUCUUGGACGUGAACAGAUCGGACUUGUUGCAGAAGAGCUGGAAGUCCACUCCGUUGGGCACCGAUUCUGUGAUCUCGUACAACCUUUGAGCGACGUUGAGUUUUGUUUCAAAAAUGGGUACAAAUACAAGGACUUGAGUUUUUCGUUGCCCGGGAAGUCGAUCACCUCGUACGAGCCGAUCUGGGAGCCCAGAUUGAGAACGCCCUUGUUGGGCUCAACAGAAGUGACGGUCAAGACAGGCAGUUCCUUUUUGGUGAGCAGCUCGAACAGACUUGUUUUUCCACUUGAUUUGGGGCCAGAAAUGACGAAAACCGACUUCUUGGCGCUAAACAGGCGUUUGCGGUCAAAAAUAACCGCCGUGACGACCAGCACAACAAGCGCCAGCGCAAUCGACACAAUAAAUUUCAGUAAUUACGACUUUGUCGGCUGGUCGAUUCUAUUGGAGUCGUCGUCGCUGGCCUCGCCAGAAACGGUUUCCAGGACGGCCUCGUAUCCUUCGUCCACGUUGGCCACAGGACCCUCGUACCAUCUUCUGGCGUCCACCAUGUACCAGAUCAAGGAGAAGAGCAGCACAGCACCGAGCAUCAAAACGGUGUAG